AUGUCUAAAGUGAAAACCAAUUUGGACUUGAUCCAAUGGCUUGGGCAUGACAUGUCAAUUAAAGUUUUCUCCUAUUUGGACAAUUCUCGUGAUCUUGUUCGUGCAUCUGCUGUGUCUAGUUCUUGGAAUGAUUUUGUUAUUGAAAAUGGCCUCUGUAAGCAACUUUGCUUGAAAAAGAUUCCUGAAAUAUAUGGUGUUGUUCGUACCAUUGAGGUUGACAACUUGUUUAAAGUUGUUGGCAGCAAGCUGUGGUAUUAUACAGAAAAACGAGAGCGUCUUAAUAGAAAUCAUAGAGUCUAUGCGCUACUAGCUUUUGGUUUCGUUCCUAUGAACAACUGCAUCUCACAAGCCAUAUGUGCAUCCAGCACGGAUGAUUGCGUAAGAGAAAGCCUUACAAGUACAUUGGAGCCUAGGGAUAUCACUGAACAUGGCCCAUCAUAUUGGUCAAGUAUAGGGCAAAGUGAUCCUUCUGUUACCGAGACUUUGCUUUAUCGGCUAUAUUCCAAGAUAUGUCUUGUCACAGAGAUUCAGGUCCAACCAUUCCAAGAUUAUUUUAAUGAUGGCUUCCCUAUAUAUUCAGCUAAAGCUAUCCGAUUUAGAUUGGGCGGCGCAAGCGAGCCCAUGGAAAUAGAUUCAAAGUUUGUUUUACGUGAUAAAAUGGCUUUUAGUAGACAUGACAUAUGGGCAUAUACUUCACCUGUAUUUCCAAUGUCUCAGGAAAACAAGUUACAGCAUUUCAAGCUACCUGAACCUGUUUUCUGCAUUGGAGGUUUUCUGAUGGUGGAGCUGUUGGGAAGUGCUCAAAAAAAUGAAAAUGAUAAUUUAUUCUACAUAUGCAUCUCCCAUAUUAAAGUUGUGGGACGAAUAAUUUCUCCAGAAUUUAUUGUGAGGAGAGGACGAUUCGACGACAUGGAAGCUGCAGCUUCAAAUGUUUCCCUCACGAGCAUACAAGGUGGUGUGGGUAUGUGA